GAUUGGCUGUUUUAUUCAAUCGAAUAGAGAUAUUGGGGUUUACCGAGAGUGGAUGUUGACAUAACUGCAUUUUCCGCCCUAACCCAGCCCAUGGGAGGGGGAAACUCCGAUGUUGCCGACAGCGGCAAACGUUUCCAGGUUCAGUGUUUACCCAUCAUCUGUAAAGUCCAUCGCAGCUAAUGUCCGUGUACAACCAUCGCCCUGUGGUUCCUCCUGCUCCGAGUCGCAUUGCUGAGCUGUUGGAUGCCAUCAAAGGCGAAUUUGAUCAACUGACACAAGACGCAAUCGCUUGUCGAUCGCAGAGGGACGAAUAUGAACACAAAAUGAACAGCCAGAUUCAAGAAAUGAAUGCUUUUCAAGCAAGCUUGUACGAAUUAGAGCGAACUCAACAGAACGUGAAGAAGCAAUAUGAAGAAGAAAUUAGUCGCCUUCGUCAACAACUGGACCAAGCUCGAGCUGGCCACCCUCCUUUGUCAUCUGGAUCAGUUCCUCCCGCACAACAGUCGCAUCCUUCUCAACAGCACUCACAACCCGCGCCUCCCAACAUUGGGCCCGCUUCUAAUCUAUUUGGCGGCAUUAUGAACUCCCAGGGCAAUACUCAAGGUCCUCCAGGACUCGUCGCUCCUCCUCAAAUGGUGGAUCCUAAUCAGCAACAAGGCGGUCAGCAACAUAUGGGCUAUCCUAACUCUCCUCAACCACCUUCUUCCUAUCCCAAUGGCCCAUCUCCACAAAACGGUCCCCCUCCUCAGCAACAAGGAUCGCAGCCAUUGAUGCCAGUGGGUCGUCCAAUCAGCGGAGCCAGUAAGAUGUCUGGUGGUCCAACUGGAGGAAAUGCCACUCCCAAUGGGCCUAGUCCCAUGGUUGAUGUUGAUCCCGAAAGUGUUCCUUCUAGCCUGAAGAAUGAAGGCUCCGACUGGAUUGCACUUUUCAAUCCCAAGGCUCAAAGACUCCUCAAGGUUGACCUUGUUCAUAAUUUCGAACACCCUAGUGUUGUCUGCUGUGUCAAAUUCAGCAUGGAUGGCCGAUACUUUGCUGCAGGUUGCAACCGGGCAACGUAUAUCUAUGACGUUGCUACGUCUCAACGGGUCUGUGUGCUACAGGAUGAUAAUGUUGGGAAAGAAAACGAUGAUUUGUAUAUUCGCUCGGUAUGCUUUAGUCCGGAUGGUAAAUUUAUCGCCACAGGUGCUGAGGACAAACAGAUUAGGAUUUGGGAUAUUAGCAAAAGACGUAUCCGCCACUGUUUGACUGGCCACGAACAAGAUAUCUACUCAUUGGAUUUCAGCCGUGAUGGUCGUAUCAUUGUUUCUGGAUCUGGAGAUCGUACUGCCAGAAUUUGGGAUAUGGCUGAAGGAGUCUGCCUUCAUGUUUUGCGCGUAAAUGACAUUGAUCAAAAGGACCCUGGCGUUACAUCGGUCGCCAUCUCUCCUGAUGGUCGUCUCGUGGCUGCAGGCAGUCUGGACAAAAUGGUGCGUGUUUGGGAUACUCAAACAGGACAAAUGUUGGAACGCUUCGAAGGCCACAAGGACAGUGUCUACUCUGUUGCUUUCAUGGCGGAUGGAAAGAGCGUUGUUAGUGGUAGUUUGGACAAGACCUUGAGAUUGUGGCAGUUGAACACGGAUUCCCGAGGUUACGGUAAUGAGAGAGGCAAGGGCCCAUGCAAGCAAAUCUUUACUGGCCACAAGGACUUUGUGUUGUCUGUCGCCACGACUCCUGAUGGCAACUGGGUUGUUUCAGGGUCUAAAGACCGUCGUGUCCAAUUCUGGGAUCCCCGCACCGGUCAAGUCCAGUUCAUGCUUCAGGGUCAUAAGAAUUCUGUCAUCUCUGUCACAACUAGUCCAUCGGGUAGACCACUAUUUGCUAGUGGAUCAGGAGAUAACCUUGCUAGAAUUUGGAGUUAUGAACCAAUCUAAAGGUUUUUCUUUUAUACUCAUAUUUCUCUGUUUCUAUCUUCAUACAAUUUAUCUUUUGUCAAAUGACCUUCAAACCUUUCUAUGAUUUUUCCCAAAGCUUUUCAUUCCCCGUCCCCCAAUUUGAUGUAAAAAUUAAAAUAUCUCAAAUUUUCCAAUUUUGUGCCUGC